AUGAAUAUUUACAUUGUUUUAAUUUCGAUCAUCUCAUUUUUCAUCAGUUUAUUCAGUUUUGAUCGUUUCGUUGAUGUUUUUGUACUUAAUGAAGAUAAUCACUGGAUUAUUCGAAACGGAUUACAACCAAAAUUGAGAUCAACAAUUAUAGUUUUGAAAAUCUUCACCGAUUCGAUGUUCAUAAUUCUGACUUAUUUAACACACUUAAAAAUUAAGAAACUCAAGAUUUCAAAGGAAACUGUGAGUAUUCCACGACUUUUUACGUUUACGAAACAAAUUUUCAGAAAACCAUAAAACUUCUUUUAUUUCACAUUCCAUUGCUUAUUAUCUUCGAAGUGUAUCAAUUCAAUAUUGCACUGGUUAAAGAUAGAUCAGAUAUCUUAUCGAUUGUAGUGAGUAAAUUGAGAAUAAUCUGAAGUUAAAACAUGUUGCAGCUUGAUGAACUAUCAUUUUUCGAGUAUGUCGGCAACACAUUUCUGAUUCUCAUUGUUAACAAAAACAUGCGGAAGGAAUUCACUAAUUUAUUUUUUUUUUUCGAAAUCUAAAAAUAAUCAGGUCUCGUCUACAUUCAUGACUUGUUAGAUGUGCUUUGUUUUUUUUUCAAAUAAAUAAUUUAUGUAUGUUGUAAUCGUUUUUUUUUCUUUCAAGCACAGAGAAAAUGGUGAAAUUUUAUAUGAAAUCCAAUGGGCCAUGUAAAACCAAACAUGUCAUUUUUUCUAGUCCUCAAAAAAUAUUAUUUUCGAAGAUGGUGACAGAAUAUCAUCUUUUCUAUACUCUUGUUUAUAAUGAAACAUAUGAUAUAAAUAAUCUACCGUUUCUUUAUAUUCCAACAUAUAAAUAUCUGGGAUUAAUUCUAAGAUGUGUUCUUACAGUUGCUAACUUAUUGAUUUUAUCCGUCGUUAAAGCUCAAAUCUCAUCAAGUUCAUUUUAUUAUUUAUUUUUCAUCAUCUGUUCUUUCUACCUUGUUUCAUGGUAUACAUAUGAGUUCCCUCAAUUUAUGUUUUAUCUUAAUUCUCAAUAUUUUUUCAACUUGCAACAGAUUUUUCUUAUUUCACAUUAUGUUACUUAUAUUUCAUUGAUGUUUCUUAAUAUUUCUUUAAUAAUUAAUAGAUACACUUCAACAUUUUUGUGUUACAAUCAAAUUUGGAAAAGAACUUACAUCAAUAUUUAUAUUUUUUCAAUUUGUAUCAUCUCAUUUUUUAUUACAAUCUUCACUAUCAGAAUUGUAUUUGUUUAUGAUCUUUUGGAAAAUGGUAUCUGGAAAUUAAGAACUGCAAGUAGUGUUGGAUUAAGAUACACAAUCGCAGUUAUAAAAGGCAUAACUGAUUUGAUAUUCAUAUUUCUAACAUAUUUAACACACUUGAAAAUUGAGAAACUGAAAAUUACAUAUGAGAGUGUAAGAAAUUAA